UUUUUUUUUUUUUUUUUUUUUUUUUUUUUGAACUUGUUCGUGUGAAUUGGUGCGCCUGCACCGCCGCCUGCCAACUCCGACACACCUGACCGCGGCGCUCUGGAAGUGCGAUCAGUCGCGUUCCUUUUCAGCUGAAUUCGAGUAAACGUGUCCAAAAUAUAUUUUCCUCAAUUUCGCAACCAUCUCCGGUUCCUUCGGUAUUUGUGCGAUUGGGCGCGAAACAACACAGCCAAAUCGGGCCUUGACACACAUACACACCGACACGAGACAGAGUCAAACCGUAGGUUCCCGCGCAACACCUUGGGACUCCCUGGACUGUGCAACUCUGACUAGUGACACGCGCACCGCAUUGCAUCACCGUGUCGCAGAGUCCCUGAUCGGUCGACUUGGACGGUAGCGCAAGCCAUUCCAAAAAAAGGACCCUUCUCGGACAAUAUGGCUCACACUCAGCCGUCACCCACCGGGGCUGUCACCCCUCAUCAUGCCCACAUCGCGGCUCAUGCUCAAGUCAAUGGCCACAUUCCCCUGCAAUCGCAGGGCCAAAAGGGCCCGCCGCUGAACACCGCGCAGAAAAUCGCCGCGCUCAAUGAGCAGGUCUGGCUUCAAAUCGGCAGCUUGACGGAAUUGAUGGGCGAUCUCGAAGGCGCCAUGAACGCGUAUGAACAGGCACUGCGACAUAACCAGUGGUCCAUUCCUGCGAUGAACGCCAUUUCGUGCAUUCUUCGAACCAAAGAACAAUUCGCCAAGGCAGUUGAAUAUCUCCAAAAUAUUUUGAAAUUGGAUCCGACGAGCGGGGAAACCUGGGGCAGCUUGGGCCACUGUCAUCUGAUGAUGGACAAUCUGCAAGAUGCGUAUACCUCCUACCAACAAGCCCUGUAUCACCUUCGGGAUCCUAAGGAGCCGAAACUCUGGUAUGGAAUUGGUAUACUCUACGACCGCUACGGUUCUCUCGACCAUGCCGAGGAGGCUUUUUCCCAGGUUAUGCGUAUGGCCCCGGACUUUGAAAAAGCCAACGAAAUCUACUUUCGCUUGGGCAUAAUAUACAAGCAGCAGCAAAAGUUCAGCAACAGUCUGGAGUGCUUCAAGUAUAUCGUCAACGACCCUCCUCGCCCUCUUACUGAGGAGGAUAUUUGGUUCCAGAUUGGCCACGUUCAUGAACAGCAGAAGGAUUUCGAAUCGGCCCAGGCUGCCUACCGACGAGUGUUGGACCGUGACCCCAACCAUGCCAAGGUCUUGCAGCAACUCGGCUGGCUUUACCACCAGCAGAGCGCUAGCUAUGCAAGCCAAGAAAAGGCCAUUGAAUACCUUGAGAAGUCGGUUAACGCAGACAACACUGACGCACAGAGUUGGUAUCUACUUGGCCGUUGUUACAUGUCGCAGGCCAAGUACCCCAAGGCGUACGAAGCUUACCAGCAAGCCGUCUACCGCGAUGGACGGAACCCUACCUUCUGGUGCUCGAUUGGUGUGCUCUACUACCAAAUCAACCAGUACCGUGAUGCCUUGGACGCCUACUCUCGUGCUAUCCGUCUGAACCCGUACAUCUCGGAAGUUUGGUAUGAUCUUGGUACUCUGUACGAAUCCUGCAACAACCAAAUUGCCGAUGCUCUUGACGCCUAUGGCCGCGCUGCCGAUCUUGAUCCCGCGAACGUUCACAUCAAGGCACGCUUGCAACUGCUCCAGAGCCAGCUUUCAGGAUCCAACCAGAGCAGUGCUCCUCCUCAGCCGCAGGAUGUCCAUCCCCAAGCCUAUCAGACUGGUGUUGGCGGUCCUCCGCAAUGGGGUGCGCCGGCUCCCACUGGCGGUCCUCCUCCGCAGCCUCCGGCCCCUCCCAGGCAGAUUGCGGAUUGGAACCGCGGCAUCAAUGAACUCCAAUCACAUGCUCAAGCUCAAGCUCAGGCGCAAGCUCAGGCUGCCCACGCUGCUCAGGCUCAAGCCCAAGCCCAAGCCCAAGCCCAAGCCCAAGCCCAGGCGCAAGCUCAAGCUCAGGCACAGGCACAGGCACAGGCACAGGCUCAAGCCCAAGCCCAGGCACAAGCGCAGGCGCAGGCUCAGGCUCAGGUCCAAGCUGCCAAUGGCUUCGAUCACCGUGAUGCUGUCCGUGGCCCGGCCCAACCUAGCCCGCGCCAGGAGCCCGGCAGGGUGUUCCCCGAUGCCGUCCGCGCCCCAUCUGCCGUUCGUUCUCCCAAGACGGCCAUGGCCGGCGCGUAUCAUUUGCCUCAAAUCACCAACGCUCCCGCACCAUCCCACGAGCGAGUCCCCAGCGGUUCGGGUGCCUUCCCAUCCGCCACCCGCGGACCCUUGCCCCCUGCUGCUGCUCCCAGCGGUCCUGGUGCGCCUAGCGGUCCUCCUUCGUCUGGCCCGAUGCCUCCUUACCACCGACCGUUCUCUCCAAACCCAGAUAUCCGGCCAAUUCGCGAUGAGCGGCCUUCUUCGCCUGGCUCGACUUAUCCCCACCAACAGUUCCACUAUGGUCCUAUCCCAGCAAGCGGCAACAGUGGCAUCGCAGGGGGUGCUCCGCCGCCGGCAUCCGCGAUCGCCGCCGCCGAAGCAGCUGCUCGGGAGCGUGAGGAUCGUCCCGCGUCGGCAAUGAAGCGUAGCAGGGAAUGGGAAGCUGAUACUGGUCCUAUCAAGAAGAUCGCCAAUGAAGAGAGCCGUGCUCGUCUCGACGACCAAGCCAGUCGUCGCGUCACCCCACCCAACCGCAUGCCGUCCCCCGGAGAAAUGCAGCGCCGCAGCUCAUCGGAAGCUAGACGCGAGGAGCAGCGUCGCGCGAACGAAGAGUACCAUCCGUCCGAGGCCGCCCAUCAUCCCCCGACGCUUCCAUCCAUCCAACACAUGCCCCCUCAAUCCGGCUCGAGUCUUCCUCCCAUGGCUGAGAGCUCUGCUCCAGCCUCGAACGGAUCUCAGUCUGGACCGCCGUCGGCUCAGGUCAAGGAGGAGCCUGCUCGCCCCGAACAGCCUCCUGCCCACGAGCCUGCCGCGCGGAAGAUGGACGUGGAUGAAGAUUAUGAUGACGAUGGCGAUGAUGAGAAGCGGGCCAGCACUGCCGCCAAGGGAAGCCCCAACGGUAGCAAUGCCAACGGCAACAGCAACGGUGUGCAAUCUUCUCAGGCUAAGCAGGAGCCCGCAGCUUAAGAAACCCCUGUUAUAUACUCAAUUCUCUUUUCUCUUCUCACUCCCUUGAUGUACACGGUUGACGGAAGCGGGCUUUAAAUAGGUGUUUUAAGUGAUUUCUGUUUUUGGUUGGAUGGAAAGCAAGAACUUUGAAUGAAUAUGAUGAGAAAAACUUUGUAUUCAUUCAUUACCCUACGCGGAUGUCUCUUUUUGUUUCAUUUUUCAUUAUCUACUUCCCUUCUUUUCUUCUCUUUUCUUCUUGUCCUCUUUUUUUGUACUUUACGUUUUGGCCUGGCAUUUGUGGCGAAGCCACGGUGGCGGCUUGUGGCUCAAUGUUUGAUCUUUUCAUAUCCAAAUUUUCUUUUCUCCCAUGUGUGGGGGGCUAUCUGUUUUAGUUUGAGUUGUUUGAUUCUCUGUGAAUGCUUGAUAUUACCCUUGGAAAUGAAAUCGCUAUACUAUUACC